UUGUCGCUUUGCUGGCCUGCUAAGGGGAGCCUAGUGUAAUAUUCUUAUAGGAGCCCUAAAUCCCUCGCUACGCCCCUGCCAAAUGUAGUUUCUCUGAUGACAUUUUUCCCAAAUGAGUCAUUUAUAACAUAUAAAAUAUGGAACUGAACUCAGAGAGAAAAUGAGGAAGAGGAGAAAUGUGGUGUUGCAAGACAGGAGACUUAAAGAAGUAGAUCAGAAACCAGUAUCCCUGUCUACAUCACCAUCUCCAGUCAGUCUGAAAAUAUGGCGACAUUUGUCUCUGAAGAGCCACUGGAGAUCUCUGUGGAUUAUAUAAAUGUACCUGAUCCAUCAGCCAGGAGGACGAACGUGAAGAGCUGUUCAAGAGAGUGUGGUGGAGCGACUGCUGCCAUGUCUGGGAGAAAACUCCUCAGACUGCUGGCUGUGAGCUUUGGACUCUUGUGUUUCCUACAAGCUGCUCUCAACAUUUCACUGCGCCUCGUUCACUUUGAAUCACUUUCUAGCUGUAAGACAUCGGCUCAGGAGGAGAGCUGCAAAAACAAGACAAAGGCAAAUCUGAAGAACUUUGAGGAUUAUUUCCAACAAGGAUGGGUGUACUUCCAUCCCAGCCUCUAUUUUAUUUCUAUCAUCAGGAAAUCAUGGCAUGAAAGUAGAAAUUACUGUUUGGAGCGAGGUGCAGAUCUGAUGAUCAUCAACAACCAAAAAGAACAGGACUUCACCAGAAGAUUUGUGGGCUAUACGUGGAUCGGACUGAAAAGGACAGAAAACAAAGAGGAAUGGAGAUGGGUGGAUGGCACUCCUCUCACUAAAAGUUACUGGAUUCCUGGGGAGCCCAACAAUAAUGGUGGUAAAGAAGAUUGUGUACACUUAAAGUUCCAUGGGAGAGAGAAAAGCUGGAACGACAUUUCAUGUGAUGUUAAAAACUUCUGGAUCUGUGAGAAGAUGGUGGUUUGUUGAAGUAAUAAAGCAGUGAGCCAAGAUAACAAAUAUUAGAGUGUCAGUGAUGAAAUAUGGUGAAGCUGAAAACUUCCUUCUUAACCCUCUGGAGUCUAAAGGCCUUAAGAAAAAACAUUUGCGCUGCUAAAGUCUACAGCAGUGAUAAUCAACUGGAGGCCCAGGGUCACAAUCUGGCCCCACACAGCUUCCCAUCUGGCCCUCAGAGGAUUAUUUAAUUCAGAAAAUUUGAGAGACCAAAAAUAUGGCAUGCCACUGUUUAAAGUGGGGGUAUUAUGCCUUUUUUCAAGGCUU